AUGGGCAAGCCCGGGGUCUGCCCGCUGGACGUCCGCAGCUGCCCUCAGCCUGGACAACCCCUCUGUCUCAGCGACAGCCACUGCCCUUUCAAUCAGAAAUGCUGCUAUUCUGCCUGUCACCUUCGUUGCAUGGUGCCCAUCCUAGCCCCCGCCCUCCCCAAGGGAGAGGAGUCAGGGCCUCCCUGUUGCCUGGGGCCUCUCCUGGAGGGUCCCCCAGCAGCCUCAGGCGCAGAGGCUGGACUUGUCCCUUCCUCAGGUCGCCCCGGCCGCUGCCCGCCCCAGGCGGCGGCCAUCCGCUGCGUCCGACCCGAGCCGGACCAGUGCCGGAGCGACGACGACUGCCUGGACCUGAAGAGGUGCUGUUACCGCCGCUGUGGCCUAAAGUGCGUGGAGCCGGAGGGCCUUCCCGUCCUGCCCCGCAUCUGGCCCCAGAUGGAGCCCGCCGUCCCACCGCCCCAGCCCCCGGGGCCCUUCCCCCUUUCCGGGGCCCGCCCGCCCCCCCUAACUCAGGUCCUCUCCGGCGGCCUGACCCCUCCAACCCCCCCAUUCUGCACCCUGCCCUUCGUCAUCGGGAAUUGCAACAUGUGGAAGCCACGCUUCUUUUACAACGUGGCCACCAAGCGCUGCGAGAGGUUCAUGUACAGCGGCUGCCAAGGGAACCAGAAUAACUUCCUAACCAAGGCCAAGUGUCUGCGCAGCUGUCAGAGGCUGGACCAAUGCUUCCUUCCCCCCGUCGAGGGGCCCUGCCAGGCCAAAAUCCCCCGCUUUUUCUACAACGCCGUCACCCGCCGGUGCACUAAGUUCUUCUACGGAGGCUGCAAGGGCAACCCAAAUAACUUCGUGAAGCUGGACAGCUGCAAGGCAGUGUGUGAGGCCCAGGACCAAGAGGGGGGCCCUGGGGACAGAGCGGACAGGAAGGACACGGAGGAGGUCUGAGACCAGCCCCCUCGGCCCUCCGGCCCCGCGCCCGACCCUGGGGACCCCCUCUCUCCGAUGGACCGACCAGGCCCCAGGACCCGCCGAUCAUCCCGUCCUUCUGGGGGCCGCAGGUGGGCCGAACCCACCUUGGGAGUGGUUGUCAAUAAAAGCAUUUCCUCCA